CACAAUUUAUCAACCACAGAAGCAGCAGAUCCAGGACUACAACCAGGACCAGGACCUAGACCAGGACCAGGAUCAGGAUCUAGUGUGAGCUACAGCGGCUUCAGUCUUUUGAUCUGACAGACACAUCUCUGAGCAGAUUCAGAUUUUAAAGGUGUGUGUACAUGUGUGUCCAGAAUGACUUCCUGGCUUGUCUCCUUCUUCGUCCUCCUGUCUCUGGGAUCCUCCAUCUCUGCUGCCGUUGAACCUGCUGGCUGUAAAAUCCGCAUCACCGACAAAGGCCUGGAGAUGUUGAAGGCAGAGACUCUGAAGUUUGUGGAGGAGGAGCUCAGUAACAUCAGUAUGCCUGAGAUGAAAGGCGACGAGGGACGCUUCCAGUACACCAUUACUGACGUGAAGAUCAUCGAACUGAAUCUGACCCACGCUGAUCUCAGUUUCGUCCCUGACGUCGGUUUGAUGUUCGACGUUCAGAACUCGUCCAUCACGUUGAGUUUUCAACGGAAGAUCCUCUACUGGUUCUUUUACGACACUGGCAACAUCAACGCAUCGGCUGAAGGUGUGAACAUUAACACCAUCCUCAACCUGGUCAGAGACGACGAAGGUCGGCUAAAGAUCAGCAACAUCACCUGUGACGCCAAUAUUCAUAGGAUGAGAGCCAAGUUCAGCGGAACUCUGGGGAGGGUCUAUGACUUCCUGGCCAGUUUCCUGACCACAGGCAUGCGCUUCAUCCUUAACCAACAGAUCUGUCCGGCUCUGGAUCAUGCCGCCCUGGUUCACGUGAAUUCCAUGUUGGAGACGAUUCCCGUGAAGACCGAAGUGGAUGAUUACAUCGGUAUCGAUUAUUCUCUGGUCGAUCAUCCAGUGCUGACGUCCAGGAGCCUAGACAUGCACUUCAGGGUCAGAGACACUUUGACGCCGUCAGCUGACGUCACCUCGUUAAUGACAACCGCCGUGGACCCAAUAAUCAGUACCUACGACAGGAUGGUUUACUUUGCUCUGUCUGAGUUAUUCUUCGACAGCGGGAUGUUUGCCUACUAUAGAGCUGGAAUCUUCCAAAUGGACAUCAACCAUGAGAGGAUGUCUAAAGAUAUGGAGAUGCUACUAAGAACAACCUACUUUGGAACCAUGAUGAUGAUGAAUCCAGCUUUGGUUGAUGCACCGUUCGCGCUUCAUAUCACCGUGAAUUCUCCACCAAAAACUACCAUCAAAACGUCUGGAGCAACUGUUGCUGUGAGGGCCAUCGUCAAGGUGAUGGUAGUGCCUCCCGGCCAGGCCCCAGUCCAGCUGAGCAGCAUGACCAUGGAAACAAAGUUUAAUGCCAAAGUCUCUGUAAAAGAAAAAAGACUUUCUGUUCAUGCUGACCUACGAAGGUUUAAAAUCUUCUCCAACCAAUCUGCUCUGGAGUCUCUAGCUCUCAUCCCCCUCCAGGCUCCUCUGAAGACGAUGCUUCAGAUGUCGGUUGUUCCAUUGAUCAACAACUGGACAAAAAGAGGCAUUCAGAUCCCAUUGGCUGAUGGGAUGGAACUAGUUGAAGAAGUCGUUGAAUAUCACAACGGUUUCAUUGUGAUCGGAGCAAAUCUUCACUUCAGUAAAGGACUGAGAGAUAUGAUCUCACAGUGAUGAAUGAACAAAACCAGACUGGAUCAGUCUUUAUACACCCCCCCCCCCCCCCACCCCACAACCCCACAACACACCCAAACAUACCCUGAAAACUCAAGGGCUUUACCAACUGGAGAGUGACAUGACAUCAACUAAACCCAAACUAACCAGGAAGUGACGAGCGCCGUGUUCGCCAUCCCCAGAGUAAAGAACCACGUCAACAUGAUCACUGGGUUUAAAAAUCUGUAUUUUCACAAAUUAAACAUUUAUUCACUCUAA